CUUAUGGACAAAAAGAAGAAUUUGCAUGGCGAAUUCAGGAUAAAAAACUAGAUAAAAAUAGUGGGGUUUAUAAGUAUAUAUUUGAAUGUCAACAUGCUGGAAACUAUCAAUCAAAGAAAAAAGCAACUGAUCCUUCACAACAAUGUAACCGGAAUGCGUCGGGUCCAUCAAUAACUAAAUUGAAUCUUACUCAUCAUGGUUAUACACUUUGUCCUGAUAAUGCACACUUUAUUAAUGUAUAUCAGCAACUUCCUCAAAACAUAAUCAAUAAGAUUAGAUUUUAUAUAAAAGCAGUUCCCGAUAUUAGUCAACAUACUUUAAGACAACUUCUACAAGGUGAUAUAACAGAUCCAGAGAAGGAUCCUGAAAAUGAUGUAUCUAAUCUUUUAAAAGCUUUGAGAACGUUUAAAGAAGAAGACCCAACAUGGUUUAUAGCAGAUUAUUGUGAUUUUAAUACCGGAAUGUCUUCAACCCAAUAUGUGAAAUUGAUUAAUGCAGUAAUUCAUAAAUAUGUCAAUUCACAUUCAUCAUUGAUGGGAUUUUUUAAUGGAAUACAAGCUAUGUUAGCUUCUGAACUUCAAAAAGCAAAAUAUAGAGAUUAUUUAGAAAGUUUACCUUACAAUGUUGGGUCAUCAGCAUCAAUCCGGGCUGAUAUUGUUGAUAAUGCCACUUGUAUUGAAGACGAUUCAGACAAAAGACAAGUUGCUCUUAAAUCACUUAUUAGACAUGUUGAUCCUAACAAUAUAAUUGAACUUUGGGAAGUUAGACAUAUGAAUGUUAAUACAGUUUUAAUGAACUUUAAUACUUUAUUUGAUUCUUGUGGUAUAUCAGACUCUUCUGAGAAAUUGUUUACAAAUAAUGAAAUACAAGCUUCAUUCUCAACUAUGAAUACAAUAUGA